UCUAAAAGCAAAGAAGUAAAAAAAAAUAUUGAAAUUAUGCAAGAAAAUAUUGAAAAUGGUACGGUACGUUAUACUCUGGGAGAGUUUAAUUCAGCGCUACAAAACUUAAUGACCGUAUUUAAAAAAACAAUUAAAGUCAACUACACGUGCAUGAUUCAGUGUUAUGAAAGGUUUCAUGAAUUAGCUAAUGCUUCCUUUUCUAACAUUGCGAGAAAUAUUCCUUAUCUUUAUGAUAAUUUAAAACGUUUGUGGAGUGUAUCGUGUUUUUUUGGUGAAGAUAAACAAAUGGAACGAAUUUUUCGGUCAAUAUCUGAAUGUCUUUCAGAUAGAGUUUCUAUAGAACUUCAUAUUCCAAAUGUUUUUAAUAUGAAUGUUGAAAAUACACUAGAAACGGUUAACGAUGUUAUAGCAAUGAUAGAUAAAUGGAAGGAUUACUACUAUAAAUUCCGAUCAGAAAUAGAGAAAACAGCAAUAUUUAGAAGAUGGGAAUUUAAAAAAGAUAUAUUAUUUGAUCAAAUCGAUCACGUUCGAUACGUAGUAAAUGACUUAAAAAUAAUUUUACAGAUUAUUGGACAAUUCACAGUUGUGUUUGGACCUGAAAUGAAAUCCAUAGUUACCCAAAUGCCUCUUGCAAGCUCUGUUCUAAUGGAAGGUCUCACUGGAGAAUUUUUUGAUAUCGACUUCAAUGUUUACCACCAGGAUGAAAAAGAAACAUGGAAGCAAAUUGUUAAUAAAUUUUUCCUUAGAGUUUCAGAAAUGGAGCAACAAGCAAAUACUUACAUUGAUCUAUGUUUUUCAAGAUUGCGCAGCGCUGCAAAAGGUUUCAUAGCUCUUAAAAUUUUUGAAAAUAUGAAUACUAGAGAAACAAUGCAUAAACGUUUGUCACAAAAGUAUCCAGUUAUCAUUGAAAAAUUUAAAAGUGAAAUGAAUGAAAUAAAAUAUAUUUUUGAUAGUGCUAAAAAUUUUACACACUUACCUAAAGAUCAACCUUCAAUAUCAGGAAAAUUAAUAUUUGUUCAAGAAUUACAUCUUAGAGCAAAAAAAACAGCAAUGCUACUUACUGACGUGAUUCAAUACGAUGAAAGAAUAUCACAACAGGAUUUUUCAAUUUAUAUUCGAGUAUCUAAAGAACUAUUUGAGUUUCAAACCAAUGAGUUUAAAAAAUGGAUGAAUUAUGCUUUAGAAAUUGAACAAAAUAAAACAAGAGACACAUUAUUAUUUUUUGAUGAAAAUACCAAAAUAUUUAAGUGUAAAUUUGAUAAAGAAUUGUAUGGUGUCAUAGAUGAAGCUGUACAAAUGAAUUUAAUGGGAUUUGAUUUACCAGAUAGUAUAAAAUACUUGAUUAUGCUAUUAAAACAGAUAAAAAUUAAUGUAACCAAUAUUGAAUGUUUGGUUGAAAAUGUUCGUGAAUUGAUAAAUAAAAUGAAUAUUUUUGAAUACACUGCAAUGAAACAACAUUUAAGUUCACUACAUUACAGUCUUCGUCCAGCUAUGAAUCGAUAUAGUUGUUUAACAAUGAAUUUAUCUGAAUUUACGAAUAGUGCAAUCCACCGAAUAGCAUAUAUGAGUACAGUUUUAAAAAGAAUUAAAUUGGCAGAACAGAAAAUUGUAAAAAAUAUAGAUUCCUUGAAAGAUUUAAUAUUUUUGCCAAUCGGAACUAAUGAAAAUAUUCAAGAAUUUCUGAAAAUUUACGAUCAAACUGAAGCAUUAAGCAAUAUGAAUAUUUCUCAUAUUAUGAAAUCAACAAGAACUAUUCCAAGAAUAAUUAGUUUGAUAGAAUAUAUUUGCUAUGGAGUUCAAACAGGCCGUAAUAAAAAUCUAUCUUUAUUAUACAAAAAAUACGAGACCGUUAUAUUUGAAACAAUUGUAACAAUGGUAAUAAAUAAUUUGAGAACUUUUAAAAACAUACUUCAAAGUAAUCGAGUAAUAUUCGUAAUACACGCUCGAAUGGAUAAUGAUGAAUUUUCGGUUCUACCUACUAUACCUAUUAUAGUCAAUACAAUUUUAAGGAAUAUACGAUAUUUUUUGGAGUGUCUACGAGUUGUUCCCAGAUGGCUAAAAGACACUACUAUACCAUGCCCGGAAUCGUAUCAUGUUCUCACUGGAAACAUUCAUUUUUUUUCAUAUUACGAUAAUUUAAUAGAACGACAGCAUGUAUGUCGAGCAUUACAAAAAUGCCAAGAUUCGGCAUAUAAUUUAGGUCAUUUAGUGAUGGAAGCUAUAAAAAAACUCAAAAAGUUAAAUUUUUUGUUUAAAAAUCAAGAAAAUGUAGUAAUUGAUUCGUUUUCUCAAACAAAUCCUAAGCUUCAAGACUACAAAAGACAGUUAAACUUUUUUCGAAGUCUUUCAGAAGGAUUAAAAAAACAAACGCCUUACAUGGAUAUUGGAUGCAUUCGUAUUAAUUAUUCUGAUUACAUAAAUAAAUUAAUAUCCCAAUGUUCUUUUUGGCAUUCUAUGUAUGGUAUGCGAAUGAUGUAUGAAUGUAAAGUUGCUAUGUUAGAAUUUUCAUCUAUUAUUACUGCUUACAGAGAAAAGCUGGAUUGUCAUGUUCGAAAUGUUGAAAGUUUCAAAAUUGUCUUACAAGCUGUCAAAGACCUUAAAAAAAUGAAUUUUUUUGCUGAUCAUACAUUUAAUAAAAUUGAUAACAGAUUAAAUUUAAUGAAAAGUCAUAAAUUAAAAAUACCUUUUGAAAUUAAUCAACAAUAUAAUAAACUAAUCAAAGAUUGGAGAGAUUUAUAUGCAGAUGCGCUGUGUAAAAAUUAUUCAAUGGAAGAAAUCAAAAAAGGUUUUACUGGGAUAGCAAAAGAUCAAACUAACGAAUUUAUUAACCGAGUAUCUAUGUUUUUAAAAGAUUAUUAUGAAAAUGGACCAGCAACAGUAGAUGCAAAUUUAGAUUCAGGAAUCCUUAAAUUAAAAGAAUUCGAUAGUAAAUUUAGUGAUAUGUUUGAAGAACGUUCUGAAGCAGUUAAAAGUGCUGUACUAUUUGGAUUGCCUUUAAUUAAUAUGGAACAACUUGAAACAGCUUAUCAACAUUUUAAAUGUAUGCAAUUAAUUUUUGAAUUAUACUGUCGUCAAAAGACAGCUAGAGAAGUAUGGGCAAAAACUUUAUGGUCAGAUUUAAAUCCACAAUUAUUAAAUGAUGGGAUGGAAGAUUUUAUAAAAGAAUAUAAACGAAUUCCAAAAAAUUUCCGUAAUACUUCUGUUGGUCUUGUAUUAAAAAAAAAAAUGGAUGUUUUUAAAAGUUCGAUACCUCUAUUUAUUGAACUUAAAAAUGAUGCUAUGCGUGAACGACAUUGGAAUGAUCUAAUGAAUAAAACAGGACGACAUUUUGAUAUGAGCCCAGAAGUGUUUACAUUAGAAAAAAUGUUUGCAAUGGAUUUAGGCCAUUAUGAAGAUAUUUGUAUGGAAAUUAUAGGCAACGCAGUUAAAGAAUUAAGUAUUGAACGCGGAGUUACAGAAAUAUCAAACAUUUGGGAAAAUAUGUUGAUUGACGUUACAAAACACAUCAAAGAUGAUAAAUAUCGAGGUUUGAUUUUGGGGGAUUUAUCAGACCUCAAUCAAACUUUAGAAGAUAAUAGAUUGACUCUUCAAAGUAUGGCUGGAUCACAAUUUAUUGGUCCAUUUUUAUCUAUUGUACAAAAAUGGGAUAAAAACUUAGCAGUAAUUAGUGAUGUUCUUGCUGAAUGGUAUCAAGUACAGUUGAAAUGGACUUACUUAGAAGGAAUUUUUCUUGGUGGCGAAAUAAGACUUCAGUUGCCCGAAGAAGCAAAAAAGUUUGAUGAUAUGGACCGUACAUUUCGUAUGAUCAUGACAGAAACACAGAGAAAUCCUAAAGUAAUGAUUCAAUGUUUAGCACCAGGACGUUUAGAAGAAUUUCAAGGACUAUUUGGUAGUCUAGAAAUGUGUCAAAAAUCAUUAAACGAAUAUUUAAAUUCAAAACGGAACACCUUCCCUAGAUUUUUUUUUAUAUCAGAUGAAGAAUUAUUAUCAAUAUUAGGAAAUUCUAACCCUGCAAGUAUACAAGAACAUAUAGUAAAAAUGUUUGAUAAUGUUAGUAGUUUACUACAAGUGAAAACACUAGAUAAUUCAAUAAUCAAUACUGCAAUGAUAUCUUGUGAAAAAGAAGUAAUGGAAUUUAUAUCUAAAGUAGAUGCUGAUGGUUUAGUUGAAAAUUGGAUGAAUAAUGUUUUAAUUGAGAUGUGGAGAUCAAAUAAGUUUUUGUCUAAAAAAGCAAUUUACUGUUAUGGAUCUGUAAGAAAACCACGCUGUGAUUGGAUAUUAGAUUUUCAAGGUAUGAUAUGUUUGGUUGCCAAUGGCGUUUGGUGGACAGCUGAAAUAGAAAAUGUUUUUAAGAAUAUUAAAGAUGGGAAAAAAAGCGCCAUGAAAGAUUAUUUAGAACAUCAAAAUCGCCAACUUGAUGAAUUGGUCAUACAAGUGAGGGGUGAUCUAACCAAAAACGAUCGUAAAAAAUUCAAUACAAUUUUAAUAGUUGAUGUACAUGCCAGAGAUAUCAUUGAAAAUUUUGUGCGUGAUGGUGUGAUGGAAAAUCAUGCGUUUGACUGGGAAAGUCAAUUGAGAUUUUAUUGGAAAAAAGAACUUGAUAAUCUUAUGGUACAUCAAUGUUCUGGAACUUUUUCUUAUGGUUAUGAAUACAUGGGUUUAAAUGGUCGCUUAGUCAUAACACCACUAACUGAUCGCAUUUACCUCACCAUUACCCAGGCAUUGUCCAUGCAGUUGGGUGGAGCACCUGCUGGGCCGGCUGGCACGGGUAAAACGGAAACCACCAAAGAUCUUGCUAAAGCUAUGGGCUUGUUAUGUAUGGUAACAAAUUGUGGCGAAGGAUUGGAUUAUCAGGCUUUUGGUAAAAUAUUAAAUGGACUGUGUCAGUGCGGAGCCUGGGGAUGUUUUGAUGAAUUCAAUAGAAUUGAUAUUUCUGUAUUAUCUGUAAUUUCAACCCAAUUAGGAACUAUCAGAAAUGCAUUACUUGAACAAAAUCUUUUAUUUAUGUUUGAAGGAGGAUAUAUAAAACUCGAUAUAAAAGUAGGAAUAUUUAUAACUAUGAAUCCAGGUUAUGCUGGUCGUACAGAACUACCAGAGACAGUUAAAGCAUUAUUUAGACCAGUCGUCUGUAUAGUACCAGACUUGGAACUCAUAUGUUUAAUAAUGUUAUUUUCUGAAGGAUUUUUACAAGCUAAAGUAUUAGCCAAAAAGAUGACAGUUUUGUAUAAAUUGGCUCGUGAACAACUCUCAAAACAGUCUCAUUAUGAUUUUGGACUAAGAGCUUUAAAAUCAGUUUUAGUUAUGGCUGGAGAAUUGAAACGUAAUGCAAUUAAUGUUGAUGAAGAUGUAGUUUUAAUGAGAGCACUAAGGGACAUGAACUUGCCAAAAUUUAUAUAUGACGAUGUACCACUUUUCUUAGGAUUGAUCUCUGAUCUAUUUCCUGGUUUAGAUUGCCCCAGGGUAAUGUAUCCCAAAUUCAGUAAAGCUGUUGACGAUGAACUUAAAAAGAAAUCAUAUAUGCGUUUACCUCAUCAAGUGGAUAAAAUUAUUCAAGUGUACGAAACAAUGAUGACCAGACAUUCUACAAUGAUAGUUGGCCCUACAGGCGGAGGAAAAUCUGUUUUAAUUAAUACAUUAGUAGGUGCACAGACAGCUCUAAAACUACCAACAUAUUUGUAUACUUUAAAUCCGAAGGCUUGUUCUGUAAUCGAGUUGUAUGGAGUAUUGGAUCCAAUUACAAGGGAUUGGACAGAUGGGUUGUUAUCUAAUAUAUUUAGAGAAAUAAAUAAACCUAUACCAGAUGACAAACCUGAAAGAAGAUACAUAAUGUUUGAUGGAGAUGUUGAUGCGUUAUGGAUAGAAAAUAUGAAUUCGGUGAUGGAUGAUAACAAACUAUUGACAUUAGCUAAUGGGGAGCGUAUACGAUUACUUCCACAUUGUGCAUUAUUAUUUGAAGUUGGUGAUUUAAAGUAUGCUUCUCCAGCUACUGUUUCUCGAGCAGGUAUGGUGUAUGUAGACCCAAAAAAUCUUGGUUACAUGCCUUACUGGAAUCGAUAUCUGCUAAAAAGAAAUUAUACUGAACGAGAAGCAUUGAAUUUUUUAUUUGAAAAAUAUGUACAUUUACUUUUAGAUCGAAUUAUAGAAGGAAAAAGUGGAUUUGAAGAACUCAUUCCAUUACAACUUGUUAUACCUCAAACGAAAUUAAACAUGGUAAUACAGAUGUGUUAUAUGUUAGAUGCUUUUGCUAAACAAAAUAAUGUUGAAGAUCUCACAGAAAGUCCAAAAAGUGUAAUAACUGAAAUAUCAUCAAAUUUACUAUCUGAAGUACGCAUAUCCGACGAACUAGAAGCAAUUUUUAUUUCAUCUUUGUACGCCUCUUUGGGUGCAACAUUAGAAGGAAAUGGUAGACUAAUAUUUGACGCUUUAGUCAAAAAAACUUCGGGCUUAAUAGCUAUAGAUGACUUACCUGAUAAAAGAGCUUCGUAUAAAUUCAUUCCAACACAUGAGGAAACGUGGUAUGAUUAUUAUUUAGAUACAAAACAAGAACUUUGGAUUCCAUGGAAUACUAUAGUAGCUCCUUAUGAACACAACGCUAAUGCUAGAUUUAGUGAGAUACUUGUACCUACAGUAGAUUCAACUCGUAUUACGUGGCUCUUAGGUUUAAUGAAUGAUGUAAAACGUCCAGUGAUUUUAGUUGGAGAAACGGGCACAUCUAAAACUGCAACAAUGCAAAACUUUCUUAGAACUUUAAAUCCAUCUCGAUAUAUACAAACCAAUUUGAAUUUCUCAUCCAGAACUACUUCUUUAGAUGUACAGAAAAAUAUUGAAGCCAACGUAGAUAAGCGUACAAAAGAUAUUUAUGGACCCCCAAUUGGGAAAAAAUUAAUUUGCUUUAUUGAUAAUAUGAAUAUGCCUCAAGUUGACACGUAUGGCACACAACAACCAAUAGCGUUAUUAAAACUUUUAUUAGAACGUGGAGGAAUGUACGAUCGCGGAAAAGAAUUAAAUUGGAGAACUUUAAUAGAUAUAUAUUUUUAUGCUGCUAUGGGGAAAGCUGGGGGUGGCCGCAAUGAAGUUGAUCCUAGAUUUAUGUCAAUGUUUUCGGUGUAUUGCAUGUCAUCGCCUUCAAGUGAGACAAUUGACCACAUUUACCGAUCAAUUCUUAUAGGACAUACACAAGAUUUUGCCGUAGAAAUAAAAGAAAGCGUUUCAAAUAUACUAAAAAUGACAUUUCAGCUAUACAAGACAAUUUUAGUUGAACUUCCACCAACUCCUAGCAAAUUUCAUUAUAUUUUUAACCUCCGAGAUCUCAGUCGAAUAACGUGUGGAUUGCUACUAACUAGCCCAAUAAUUUUCAAUAAUAUAUAUUAUUUCAUUAGAGUGUGGCGAAAUGAAUUUAGUCGCGUAAUUUGUGAUAGAUUAAAUAAUCUUACGGAUCAAGAUUUAAUGACAAAGCGCAUUAGAGAAGCUUUAGAACAAUUCUAUCCAGAUAAUAUUGAAGAAAUACUAAAAAACCCUUUACUAUUCGGUGACUAUAAAAAUUCUCUGGAUAGAGAGGAAGUUAGGUUAUAUGAAGAUUACAAAGAAUACCACGUCAUAUUAAAUAUUUUUCAAGAUAUUUUGGUUGAAUAUAACGAAAAAAAUACAAAAAUUGAUAUAGUAUUGUUUGAAAUGGCUUUAGAACAUUUAACUAGAAUUCAUAGAGUACUAAGAAUGGAUAGAGGCCACACUAUGCUUGUCGGUGUUGGUGGUAGUGGCAAAGCUCUCAUGACUAAAUUAGCAGCGUUUACUGCAGGAUGUGAAAUGUUUUCAAUAUUAUUAAAUAGAGGUUAUAAUGAAAUUACGUUUAGAGAUGACAUUAAAAAAUUAUUUUUGAUGUUGGGUGUCGACAAAAAGCAAUCAGUAUUUUUUUUUAAUCAAUCACAAAUCGUUGAAGAAGGUUUUUUAGAAAUUAUCAAUAAUAUUUUAACAAUUGGAAUAGUACCAGCUUUGUUUACUGAAGAGGAAAAAGAUGGUAUUAUAAACCAAGUCAGAAAAGAUGCUAAUGUAGCUGGUUAUGGGAAUGCUAAAGAUUCUUGUUGGAAGUAUUAUUUAAAAACAUGCGUCAAUAAUCUACAUGUAGUUCUUUCUAUGUCUCCUGGAGAUGAGCUUAGAAUAAGAUGCAGAAAUUUUCCUGGUUUGGUAAACAAUACAUGUAUUAAUUGGAUAUUUGCGUGGCCCGUUCAAGCUUUAUAUGCUGUUGCAGAGUCAUUUCUAGCUAAAGCACCGAAAAUAACCGAAGAAAAUAGAAUAAAUAUACUAAAUCAUGUGAUGUACAUUCAUCAAAGCAUGAGUAGAUAUACUUUGGAUUUCCAAUUAAAACUUAGACGAAAACUUUACCUAACUCCAAAACAUUAUUUAGAUUUCAUUACUUUGUAUUUACAAUUAAUCGAUGAACGAGAUAGCAAUAUCACACAACAAUGUGAGAGACUCCUAGUAGGUUUACGAAAAAUUGACGAAGCUGAGGUACAAUUAGUGAUUCUUAAUAAAGAAUUAGAAGAGCAACAAGUUUUAAUGGCUGAAAAAACUUCUGCUUGUGAAUCUUUAUUAAAGGAAAUAUCUAUUGCUUCUAAAAGAGGCAAUGAUAAAAAAGAAAUAGUUGAAACAAAAACCACAGAAAUAAAAAAGGCCAGCAAAAUUAUAAAUGCAGAAAAAGAAGAAGCUCAUAAAAUUUUGAAUUUGGCUUUACCUGCACUUAUGGACGCAAAAAAUGCUUUGAGUCAACUCGAUAAAGCUGACAUUACUGAAAUUAGAUCGUUUGCCACUCCCCCAGAACCAGUACAAACAGUAACUGAAUGUGUAGCAAUAUUAUUAGGAUACAAUGAUGUAAAUUGGAAAGUUGCUAAAGGAAUGAUGUCUGAUCCAAACUUUUUAGAUACAUUAAAAAAACUUGAUGUAGAUAGGCUUAAUCAGAAGCAACAAUCUCUAGUUCGAGCUAAAUUAAAGGCUUCAAAAAAAAUUUCACUGAUGAAAUCGAUCAGUAAAGCUGGUUUUGGAUUAUUAUUCUUUGUAGAGGCUGUAUUACAAUACUGUGUUGUAUAUAAAGAGGUUAAACCAAAAAAAGAUAAAGUGGAAAUGCUUGAAAAAGAAUUUCAAUUAGCAACUAAUCAACUAAACAAACUCAACAAAGAACUUAAUCAAAUCUUGAAUAUUUUAAAUGAUCUUAAUGAGAAAUACCAAAAAGCAAUGGAAGAACGUAAAAUUCUUUUAGAAGAAACAAGCUUAAUGGAAAGAAGAUUGAUUGCUGCUGACAAGUUGAUUACUGGAUUGAGUUCGGAAAAUAAAAGAUGGAGGAUUGAUUUGGCAAACUUAAAAAUUGAUUUGUUAAAGAUAUUUGGAAAUUGUUUGAUGAGUGCUUCAUUUUUAGCAUAUACGGCUCCUUUUUCUUACGAAUUUCGAAUUGAAAUGUUGUUUAAUGAUUGGUAUGAAAAAAUAUUAGGUAGUGGAAUUCCUAUAAGUCAGCCAUUUAAACUCGAGAUUGAAUUAUCUGAUGAAGUCACUAUAGCUAAAUGGAAUUCUGAAGGUUUGCCUCCUGACGAUCUUUCAAUACAAAAUGGUAUACUAACUGAAAGAUCUAGUAGAUAUACACUUUGCAUUGAUCCACAACAACAAGCACUAAAUUGGAUUAAAAAAAAAGAAGAAGUCAAUAAUUUGAAAACACUUUCAUUUAGUGAUUCAGAUUAUUUAAAAUUUCUCGAAAGUGCAAUAAUUUACGGAUCUUCUGUACUUUUUCAAGAUGUAGACUACAUUGAUCCAAUAAUAGAAAACGUUCUUGAAAAAAAUAUUAAGUCUGUUGGUGGACGUAAGUUUGUUGUUUUAGGAGAUAAGGAAGUUGAUUUUGAUCCAAAGUUUUGUCUCUAUUUAACUACAAAAUUAGCAAAUCCAUCGUUUAAUCCUUCUGUGUACACAAAAUCAACUGUUAUCAACUGUUCUGUCACACAAAACGGACUUGAAGAUCAACUUCUAUGCGUUGUUGUUAAAAAUGAGAGACCAGAUUUGGAAGAGCAAAGAGAAUAUUUAAUUACUGAAACGAGUGCCAACAAGAAACUAUUAAAAACAUUAGAAGACUCCCUUCUUCGUGAAUUAGCGACCUCUUUGGAUAAUAUGUUGGACAAUGUAGAUCUGAUUGACACACUCGAAGAAACUAAAUCAAAAGCCAUUGAGGUUACGCAAAAGUUAGAAUUAGCAGAAAAAACUUCCGCUGAACUUGAUGUCCUUCGCAAUCAAUACCGGUUAGCAGCUAUUAGAGGGGCAAUAUUGUUUUUUGUCUUGGCAGAUAUGAGUUCUGUUAACGCAAUGUAUCAAUACUCUCUUAUUGCAUAUUUAAAAGUUUUUACAACUUCACUAAAAAAAUCCAUGCCUGAUAUGAUCUUGAAAAAACGGUUAAAAAACAUAAUCAAUACACUUACAGAAUAUUAUUAUGAGUAUGGUUGCACAGGUAUUUUUGAAAGACAUAAACUCCUCUUUUCCUUUCAAAUAACAUUAAAACUUGAAAUGAGUACUGGAAACAUAACAACACCAGAGCUUGACUUUUUUAUUAAAGGAAAUGUUGCUUUGGAAAAAUCUGAACUAGCGAAUCCUGCUAAAUGGCUUUCAGCACAAGGCUGGGAAGAUAUAGUUAAAUUAUCUAAAGAAUUCUCAGAUAUAUUUCCUGAUUUAGAUUCUCAUGUUAAAAACAAUACAAUUGACUGGAAAGCUUGGUGUGAUCAUGAUACUCCUGAAUCUGUUGACCCACCAGGAAGAUUUUCAAUUUUCUCCAAUCCGUUUCAUAAACUUAUGUUAUUGAGAUGUUUUCGAGUAGAUCGCGUAUAUCAAGCAAUUAGCAAUUACGUGACUUUAGUUAUGGGUGUAAAAUUUAUUACACCACCAUUUAUUAGCUAUGAUGCAAUAUAUGAGCAAUCAUCACCUACUACACCAGUUAUAUUUAUUUUAAGUCCUGGAUCAGACCCUACAGCUGAUUUAAUGAAAUUGGGUGAUAGAUGUGGAAUUCCAGCAAAUAUGUUUAAGUUUUUAUCAUUAGGACAGGGUCAGGAGCCUAUGGCAUUUUCACUGAUUCAUUCAUCAAUUGAACUUGGAUGUUGGCUUAUGCUACAAAAUUGUCAUUUACUUAUUUCAUUUUUGUAUGAUCUUGAAAAAUUUUUGGAUAGAGUAUCAAAAGUUCAUCCAGAUUUCCGUCUAUGGCUUGCUACUGAUGCUACUCCUUUAUUCCCUGUUGCUGUUUUACAAAGAUCUCUUAAAGUGGUGACUGAGCCACCUAAUGGAUUAAAAUUGAAUAUCAGAAAUACUUAUUUUAAAUUAAGGCAAGAAAAAUUAGAGGAAUGUUCACAUCCAGCGUAUACCACUCUUAUAUAUGUACUUGCGUUUUUCCACGCAGUUGUUCAAGAGAGGAGAAAAUAUGAUAAAAUUGGAUGGAAUAUAUCAUAUGAUUUCAGUGAACCAGAUUUCACAGUAUGCGUUCAAAUAUUAAAUGACUAUUUGAAUAAAACUCAAAAUGAAUAUCAAUGCCAUGUUCAAUUGCCAUGGGUAACAUUAAGGUAUCUUAUUGGAGAAGUAAUGUAUGGUGGCAGAGUAAUAGAUAACUUUGACCGAAGAAUAGUCAAUACAUUUAUGGAAGAAUAUUUUGGAGAUUUUUUGUUUGAUGAAUUUCAACCUUUUCAUUUUUACAAAGAUGAAAAUGUUGAUUAUUCAUUACCUAUUUCGGGAUCAAAAGAAGAUUAUUUAAAUGCUAUUGAUGAACUUCCAUUGACUAAUGUACCUGGGGUAUUUGGGUUACAUCCAAACGCAGAAAUGGGUUACUUUACAAGAGCUUCUAGAGAUAUUUGGAGUAAUUUACUAGAACUCCAGCCACAAACUGGUUCUUCUGGUGUCAGAAUAAGUCGUGAAGAAUUAAUAGAUUCAGUCGCUAAAGAUAUUCAAAAAAAUGUACCUCCUUUGUUUAUUAUUAGUAAAGUCAAAAAAAUAUUUGAAAAAAAAAUUAUUCCCAGUAUUAUAGUAUUAUUACAAGAGUUAGAAAGGUUUAAUUUCCUUAUCGAUAAGAUGCAUGUUACGCUAUCAAUGCUUCGGAAGGCUUUAUUGGGAGAAAUUGGUAUGGAUAAUGAACUCGAAAGCAUAUCAAAUGCUUUGUAUAAUGGCCAAAUUCCUCCAGGAUGGUUAAAAUUAGCUCCACAGACUUGUAAAAAUCUUGGAGGAUGGAUAGAUCACUUUAUACGGCGAACUCAGCAGUAUGAAAAUUGGUGCAUUGCGGGGGAUCCUGUCGUUAUAUGGUUAUCAGGUCUCCAUAUACCAGAGUCCUAUUUGACAGCUAUAGUUCAAAUAGCUUGCAGAAAGAAAGGGUGGGCAUUGGAUCAAUCUACUUUAUAUACAGCAGUAACUGAAUAUACAAAAGAAGACGAUAUCAUUAAUAUACCUGAAACGGGUUGUUAUGUAACAGGAAUUUAUUUAGAAGGAGCACGUUGGAAUUUAAAAGAACAAUGUUUAGCUAGAUCAGAACCUAAAGUUUUAAUAGAAAAUCUUCCCAUUCUUUCUGUUAUACCUAUAGAAACUCAUAGGCUAAAGUUACUUAACACAAUUCGUACUCCAGUAUAUACUACAACCCAAAGGAGAAAUGCAAUGGGUGUUGGCUUAGUCUUUGAAGCUGAUUUAAAAACUCGACAUCAUAGUAGUUUAUGGAUACUACAAGGAGUUUGUUUAAUAUUAAAUACCGAUUAAAAAUGAAAGUACAAAAUUGUUUAUUAUGCCUUGCCUUGUUUGUUAGAGGAUAAAUAAAUUACUCUAAAUUUUUUUUUAUUAUUAUAGAA